AUGAAUCGUCCUCAUCUGCUGCUUCUGGCGCUAUGGGCGCUGGCCAUUUCCGCGCAGGUAGUGGUGUAUGAGCCUUACUUGAACAGGAAAAGAUUCGCUGCUCAGGAACUGGUGCCGACCACGGCCGUGGACGACCUACAAGGCGACCUGCUAAUCCAAGAGUGGAUGCGAGAGCUGCGGCGAGUUAAGCGAGCUCCGACACGAAGUAAGUCCGUGCAUGCUUAG